AGACUUGCUACCUGUGGAGGCCGAGGAACAGUUCUCUCUGCAGGGAAGGAAAGAAGGCCAUGGGGCGAUUCCUCUUCGUGAGCUUCGGCUUGCUGGUCAUGUUCCUCUCCCUGAGUGGAACUGCAGCUGAUUGUCCCUCUGGUUGGUCUUCCUAUGAAGGGCAUUGCUACAAGCCCUUCAAUGAACCAAAGAACUGGGAAGAUGCAGAGAACUUCUGCACACAACAGCACACAGGCGGAUAUCUGGUCUCCUUCCACAGCACUGAAGAAGCAGAUUUUGUGGUCAAGCUGGCCUUCCAAACUUUUGGCAAGAGUAUUUUCUGGAUAGGACUGAGCAAUGUCUGGAAUCAAUGCAGCUGGCAAUGGAGCGAUGGUGCCAUGCUCAAAUACAAAGACUGGGCUGAAGAAUCUUAUUGUGUCUAUUUCCAGUCAACUGAUAACCAGUGGUUAAGUAGAGCCUGCAGCAAGACUCACAAUGUCGUCUGCAAGUUCCAGGCAUAGUCUGAAGAUGCGACUGUGUGAAGUCUGGAGAAGCAAGGAAGCCCCCACACCCCCACCCCUACCCCGCCUGCCGCAAUCUCUGCUCUGUACCCUGUCAUUCCAUGGAUGCUCUCUGUGGCUGGAUCUGGUUCUGCUGCUCCUGAUGGGCCAGAAGGUCCAAUAAAUUCUGCCUAGCAUGA